UCGAAAUGAGAGCGGCGCGUACCAUAGCAACUUGUUUCCUACUUUUGGUACCUUUGGUACCACGGAAUGGAGUCCAUGAUUCAAAGUCGUCUCCACUCCUCAAAGAGGUCGGAGAAGCACUGAAAAAUUUGACUAGCAAGCAGUUGCAGGUGGUAGCCGGAAUUCAAACUAAAAACGACACGGCACCCUCGUACGAGCUUACUCAGACCAAACCAGGAGGAGGAUCUCCAGGAGGCGGUGGUGGUUCUCCAGGACAAGGCGGUUCAGAUGGUGGCGAUUCACAACCAUGUGACCAACCAGGUGGUGGUAGUCAACCAGGCGGUGGCAGUCCCGGUGGUCAACCAGGUGGUGGCAACCCCGGUGGUCAACCAGGCGGUGGCAGUCCCGGUGGUCAACCAGGUGGCGGCAACCCCGGUGGUCAACCAGGCGGUGGCAAUCCCGGUGGUCAACCAGGCGGUGGUAAUCCCGGCGGACAACCAGGUGGUGGCAAUCCCGGUGGCAAUCCUGGGGGCAAUCCCGGCGGACAACCAGGCGGUAGUAAUCCCAGCGGCCAACCAGGCGGUGGCAAUCCCGGCGGCCAACCAGGCGGUGGCAAUCCCGGUGGCCAACCAGGUGGUGGUAACCCCGGCGGCCAACCAGGUGGUGGCAGUCCCGGAGGCAAGCCAGGCGGUAAACACCCUAAACACCAUCAUGGUCACAAGAAGCCUAAACCGUCAUCUGGAAAGCCAGGCGGUGGAGACAAUACUGGCGACCAAGGAGAGCAAGAACAAUCUGUAUACGUUACGCAAUAUCAAAAAGGCUAAUGAUAACCUAGCAAACACAAUGUUCCCGAUUCUAAAAAUGGCAAUGGUGUUCGAGUUGGUUAACUGUUUUGAUAAUUAUGUAUGUCGC